AUGGCACUGCUGCUGUGCCUGGCUCUGACAGCGGCGCUGGCCCGUGGCUGCUUGCACUGCCACGGCAACUUCUCGGAGAAGUUCUCCUUCUACCGCCAUCACGUGAACCUCAAGUCCUGGUGGGUGGGCGACAUCCCCGUGUCGGGCUCGCUGCUCACUGACUGGAGCCAGGACACAAUGAAGGAGCUGCAUCUGGCCAUCCCCGCGGAGAUCACCCGGGAGAAGCUGAACCAAGUGGCGAACGUCGUGUACCAGAGGAUGGAUCAACUGUACAAGGGGAAGAUGUAUUUCCCUGGGUAUUUUCCCAACGAGCUGCGAGCUAUCUUCCGGGAGCAGGUGCACCUCAUCCAGAAUGCCAUCAUCGAAAGCCGCAUCGACUGUCAGCGUCACUGCGGCAUCUUCCAGUACGAGACCAUCUCCUGCACCAACUGCACGAACUCGCACGUCGUCUGCUUUGGCUACAACUGCGAGUCGUCGGCAGAGUGGGAGACAGCAGUGCAGGGCCUCCUCCAGCACAUAAAUAACUGGAGCAAACAGGACACCAACACAAGCUUGUUAUCACCAAGCUUCAGGUGUCUGGAGCCCCCGCACCUGGCCAACCUGACUCUGGAAAACGCCUCCGAGUGCCUGAUGCAGCACUGAGGGCGGCCAGGCCCACCAGACCCGCCCCCGCCACGGUCUGGCGCUGUGGAGCAGGCCUGCUGCUGCCUGGGUGCCCCACCCCCUUGGAGCCCAGGCUGGGCCGGGCCGGGGCUGGGAGGAGGGGAAGGGAGGUAGAUGGGUUUGUACAUAGCAGCGGGAUCACAGCUGUUUGACGGAAUGAUUAAAUAUCCCUGACAUUU